AUGCAGACCGUAGCGCGUACCCAGCGGGCGUUCGGGGCCCCGAGCAGCCUGAUCAAGCCCAAAAUCAGCACAAGCGUGUCUCGUGCUGUUGUUGUGAAGGCAAAGCAGCAGCAUGACGCCGCGCUGAGCAGUCGUCGGGAGAUCCUGGCUGGCUCCACCUUGGCCGCAGUUAUGCCGGCGUUCCUGGCGCAGUUGCCGGCUAAGGCUGACUCUGAGUACAAGACCUUCCUGGGCCUGGCCUCACCCCCUACCAGCUACGGCGGCUAUGGCGGCAACGCCAACGAGGAGCCAAAGUACUCUUUUGAAUACCCUCCUGAGUGGAAGUCGGAGGUCCCCUCGAAGGUGGAGAAGGGCACCCAGGGCGUGGACGGCCGCGUCGUCAACCCCAAGGGCAAAGACCAGCGUGCGUUUGUGAUCACCCUGGGCCGCGCGGGCGAGGACAACAAGAGCUUCCGGCUGACUGACCUGGACUCCACCUUUGCUGGCUUCGCGGGGGCUGACUACUACCUGCAGGCGCGCACAGGGGCAGGGGUGGAGGGUGGAGGGAUGGGAAGGGGCGGGCGCCGGGCUGCAGGGAAGGAGCCUCGCUUUUGA